CCUACGAAUCACAAGAGCAGCCAAAAUUUGCCAAAAGGGAUUUUUUCUUCAAGGUGAUAUCAAUAUCUGUAAAGAUGAGCAAAAAUGGAAUACUAAGUAAGCUUCGUGCUUUGAUGCACAACCAUGCAUAUGUUAGCCAGCCUCUGCAUGCUUAUAUCAUUCCAACUGGAGAUGCACAUCAGAGUGAAUAUGUUGCAGAAUGUGACAACAGACGCUCAUAUAUCACAGGAUUUACUGGAUCUAGUGGCACUGCUAUUGUAACAACUAGUGAAGCUGCUCUUUGGACAGAUGGCAGAUAUUAUCUCCAGGCAGAGCAGCAGUUGAGUAAUGAAUGGAAACUGAUGAAGCAAGGUUUGCCAGAAACUCCAACUGAAUCAAAAUGGUUGAAUAGUGUCUUACCUGUUGGAGGUCGAGUAGGGUGUGAUCCUCGUCUUAUGUCUAUUGAUAAAUGGAAGCCCCUUCACAAAGAGCUCCAGUCAUUUGGUCAUGAGUUAGUCAGCGUGGAUGAAAAUUUGGUGAAUCUCAUCUGGAGUGACAGACCUGAUGAACCUCACAGUGAACUCAUCAUUCUAACGGAGGCUGAGACAGGGAAAACUUGGCAGCAAAAAGUUUCACAGAUCAGGGAAAAGAUGAUUGAAGAAAAAAUUUCUGCGCUAGUGGUUACAGCUUUAGAUGAGAUUGCUUGGUUGUUUAAUCUCCGAGGUGCUGACAUCAUUUAUAAUCCUGUUUUCUUCUCUUUUGCAAUUCUAACAUUGGACUCAAUCAAUUUAUUUAUAAAUGAGAAAAAAUUAUCCAAACAAGUCCUUCAACAUCUGAGUGAUGUUCAGUUCCACCCUUACGAAAGUGUGUAUCAGUUUUUAUCUAAGUUAGCAGAGAGUGAAGCAGUGUCUAAGAUUUGGAUUAGUGGCAAUUCUAGCUAUGCAAUUUACAAUCGGAUCCCUAAACAAAAAAUUCAUCUAGCGUCAACACCAUUAGCAUUGAUGAAAUGUGUAAAAACAGAAGCAGAAAUGAAAGGAAUGGAACAUGCACAGGUGAAAGAUGCUGUUGCCCUGUGUGAAUUCUUCGUCUGGCUUGAGAAAGAGGUGUCUAAAGGGUCAGUCACUGAAGUAUCAGCAGCCAAAAAAGCAGAGUUUUUUCGCAGUCAGCAAGAAAAUUUUAUUUCCUUGAGUUUUGAUACAAUAUCCAGUAUUGGACCAAAUGGGGCAAUCAUCCAUUAUAAACCAAGCUCUAAAACAGAUAGCACAGUGACUACAGACCAGAUCUAUCUUAUAGACUCUGGUGCUCAGUACAGGGAAGGCACAACUGAUACCACAAGAACAAUUCACUUAGGAACACCAUCCAAACAUGAACAGGAAUGUUUCACACGAGUUCUCAAAGGUCACAUUAACCUUGCCUCUGCAAUAUUUCCACCUGGUAUUAAAGGCCACAUGCUGGACACAUUGGCUCGUCAGUAUUUAUGGGAAGUAGGACUAGAUUACAGACAUGGAACUGGACAUGGUGUUGGUGCCUUCCUCAAUGUCCAUGAAGGUCCAUGUGGAAUUUCUUUCCGAACCCCACCCACAGAAGCCAAUCUUGAAGAAAAUAUGGUUUUAACUGAUGAACCUGGUUACUAUGAAGAUGGGAAGUUUGGAAUUAGAAUUGAAAACUGUAUGAAAGUUAUUAAAGCAGUUACCAAACACAAAUUUGGUGGUAAGGAUUUCCUUACAUUUGAGCCUAUUACUCUUGUUCCAAUUCAGAGGAAAAUGAUAGAUGCCUCCAUCCUUACUGCUAAAGAGACUGAAUGGCUAAACAACUACCACAGUAAAGUGAGACAGGUGGUGGGGGAUGAACUGAAAAGACAAAACAAAACAGAAGUUUACCAAUGGCUGAUCAAAGCUACAGAGACUCUAGGUUAGAAUCUAGGUGUUAGAAUCAGUAUUCAGAUUCAUUCAUGUUAUAUUCAUAUAGUCAGAGCUCAAGUGCUUAAUUGUAAUUAGAGUUGUUUUAUACAUUUUAAUUUGAUAGAUUUUCAAAAUUGUUAGAUUAUCCUAAAAAUAUGGUUUUGUAAAAAGAAAUGGUGGUAAAACAAAAUGGUAGAAGAGCCAAACAAAAUUAAAGAAUGUUUUUGUUAGAAAGAAUAAAGUUAGAGGGGAUUGUCUUGUCAUCCAAGUAAUUUGUAGUAGCUAGUAAGUCUGUCGUUGAAACAAAGGUGAAACAAUAAUUGAGUGUUACAGAUGUUGUUAGCAAUCUACAUGAAACAUUCUUUAAGUUUAUUGCUUUAAAUGUUUUAACGUAGAGAGUAUGAUGUUGUAAGUGAUAAGAGCAUUUUUAGCAAUUUUAGAUGUGUAACAAAAGCAAUUUUAUUAAAGUAUUUU